AUGACCUCACCCAGAGGCGCCCAUUUUAUAUAUAAGGAAGGUAGGCUGGGAGUGUCAUCAGAAGUUUGCAGUUGUUCGCUGAGGAAACUCAAGGAGCUUUAUUCCCCAAGAACCACUGGCAACAUGGUGAUGCUGCGAGUUGAAGACUUGGUGACCGGUAAACAGAGUGAGGUGAAAUCCGGCGGAUGGGAGGCCGAGCCUCCGUCGGUGCAAGAAGAGUUUGGCAGCGGGGAAUAUUGCUCUGCGAUGGCGAUCGAGAAACAGGACGGAGUGAAAAGCCAAACAGCGCCCUUCCCGUUCAUCCCCUGUCCUAAGCACCAGAAAGAGAAACUCCAGCCGGUGCCACGCAACAAAAAUGUUAAGCCAGCGGUGCAGAGGCUGAAACUUGAAACGGUGGAUGAUCUCCAAUUCCUUGUCAGCCUGAAGAAACACAAACAAUCCAAGGCCGUUGUUGUGGAACCCGUACCUCAGCAGGAACCCGACACUAUUGUUGGACCUGUAGAUGUGGAGACCUUUUGGCGGGCAGCGGUGGAAAAUAAUCUCCCUGUGAUUGAGAAAUACUUGGCCGACGGCGGGCAACCAGAUAUAUGCGACCAGUUUAACAGGACUGCCAUGCACCGGGCCUGCUCUGAGGGGAACGAGGACGUUGUACUGAAACUACUAGAAGCCGGAGCCUCCACUGAGUUUCGAGAUAUGCUCGAUGCCACAGCGGUCCACUGGUCCUGUCGUGGUGGUAGCCUGGAAGUGCUGAAAACCUUGUUAAACAACGAUGCAAAUGUAAACGCCAAAGACAAGCUAUGUAGCACUCCUUUACACGUUGCUGUCCGAACUGGGCAUUAUGAAUGUGCUGAACAUCUUAUCGCAUGUGGAGCAGAUCUGAAUGCCAGAGAUAUGGAAGGAGACACUCCUAUGCAUGAUGCAGUCAGGCUAAGCCGUUACCGAUUGAUGAAGCUUCUGAUGAUUUAUGGAGCCAAUCCAACUUUAAAAAACUGCAACGCACAGACACCGAUAGAUCUUGUUCUACAGUGGCAAACUGGUACAAAGGAAAUCCUUAACCAAUUUAUGGAAAAUUCACACAAGUAACCAAAGUGAUGCUUGCUUCGUGCAAAUUACAUCCCAUCCCCACCCCCCAAGGAUGUCAGGUGCAUUUGCCUCCUGUGGCAGAUUGUGAGGACUUCAACACUCAUUAGAACAUUAGUUUAAAUGUGAUGUAGUACUGUGAUUAUUUAUUGCAAU